GGCAUUUUCUAUCAAACCUUCAACCCCACGCGCGCACACACGCAUAAAACCUCUCUUUCUCAUAGCUAUGAUCUUUCCUCACGAACACACAACCUCCCAAACUCUCCGAUCACCACCGUCCGAUUACUAGAAUCCCGAGAUCGAAUCACCACCGUCCGAUGGAGAGCACUGAUUCCUCCGGCGGCCCUCAUCCUCCUCCGCCGUCGCAACAGCCGAAUCUUCCGCCGGGGUUCAGGUUUCACCCGACGGACGAAGAGCUCGUCGUUCACUACCUCAAACGCAAAGCCGCUUCGGUUCCUUUGCCCGUCUCCAUCAUCGCCGAAGUCGAUCUCUACAAGUUCGAUCCAUGGGAACUCCCUGCUAAGGCGUCGUUUGGGGAGGAGGAGUGGUACUUCUUCAGUCCACGGGACAGGAAGUACCCGAACGGAGCGAGACCGAACAGGGCGGCGACUUCUGGGUACUGGAAAGCCACGGGUACUGACAAGCCGAUCUUGGCCUCCGGAGGAAACCAGAAGGUCGGAGUGAAGAAAGCCCUCGUCUUCUAUGGCGGCAAGCCUCCUAAAGGAGUUAAAACCGAUUGGAUCAUGCAUGAGUAUCGCCUCGCUGACACCAAAUCCAUCAACAGACCCCCUGGUUGUAACUUCGGCAACAAGAAAAACUCCCUUAGGCUUGAUGAUUGGGUGUUAUGUCGAAUCUACAAGAAGAACAACACGGGGAGACAUGUUGAUAGCGAUAAGGACGACAUGAUUGAUGAUAUGUUCUUCCGACAAAUCCCGCCAUCGAUUUCCUCCGGUCUCAAUGUCUCCGAGAGAAUGAACUUUUUCCCUGCGAGAUUCUCCAGUUUCGGAAUGUUCUCCGACAACGUUAACGACCUCCCGAGUGGUCUCUACGACGUCGGCGUCAUCAACAGUGGCAAUGGCAACGACACCUCGAUGAACAACGUCGCUAAUAUCGGUCUGAAUCUUGCUCCUUCGUCCGGUCGAAGCCCUCUCCCCCCGCCGUAUUGGCCGGCGGAGGAGGAGGCGGUUGCGGCGGCAGAUGGGUCGCCAAGCAAGCGGUUCCACGGGGGCGAGUGUUCGAACAUUACUUCGAUGUUGGCGCAGACACCGCCAUUGAUGCAACAUCAAGGGAUGCUAAGUGAAGGGCUUUACAGAACAUCGUACGAGUUACAUGGAUUGAAUUGGUACUCUUAAUUACUCGAUCUUCAAGAAUCGGGAAUUCUAUUUUUCGAUUGGGGGUUUCGAAUUUAGCUGUGGAAUAUACAUGCAUAUAUUAUUAUAUAUAUAUAUAUAUUCGAUUUUGUGUAUAUGUUUGGGUUUUGAUAAUUAUUAAUUUGGUCGAUACAUAUGGUAUAGGGGAAAAGAGAUUUGGAGAGGUGAGGCAAUAUAUCAAAGUAUAGAUGAAAUUUUAUUUUUGUUUUUCUGCCGAUUCUAAGGGUUAAAUGUAUACAUUUAUAUUAUACACAGAUUGUUUAUAAUAUUUA